AAGAAAUAUUUAUUUGUUAAAUAUUUGUACAAACUCAAUAAAAUUGAAAAAAAAGUGUCAAUAUAUCUAUUUUUUAAAUAUAUCACACAUAUAUGCGCUUGCGCCGUUGUAAACACGCAUUAUAGUAAUUACACUAUAUAAGUAUCGACUAUACUGUAUUAUACACAUAUACAUAUACCUACGUGACGUCUGUAGACUAUGUAUGUACUUAUCUUGCGAAGUUGCGAGUGUUGCGACUGAGCUGCUUAUUUGUGUGGCCAGUGCUGUGUCAGUGCGCGCAGAUCAAGGUGGGAUUUGCAUUUGGGAAACGCAUUGAAUUGAACACAUUAAAAUAUUUGACAUAUACAUUAUACAUAUAGGUGUGUGUAUAUAUAUAUAUACACACAUAUAUAUAUAUAUAUAGUUGCAGUAAUUAAAUGGCUUCAGCGAUCUCUCUAUUUAUAGUGGUUAAAUUCUAACAAUCCUAAGAAUAAUACAUUUAGAUUGAACGUGAAGAAAUUAACUGUAAAAAUGUCAAGUAUUACGAUAUCAGCGGUUCGUCCACGAACAAGUAUUCUUGAUAAAUCUUUGAGUAAAGGAAAAGGAGAGGUUAGCUUGAGCUGCUAUGCUCUUCUGUUUUCGGAACUAGUUCAAUAUUGUCAAAAUCGAGUUUACACGGUUCCUGAACUUCAAAACAAAUUAUCAGAAAUGGGUGCCGAAGUAGGUCAUCGUGUAACAGAUUUAUUAGUUGUAAGAGAAAAGGGUGGUAAACGAGAAAUAAAAUUGUUAAACAUUUUACUUUUUAUUAAAAGUACAUUGUGGAAAUCCUUAUUUGGGCGUGAAGCUGACAAGUUGGAACAUGCUAAUGAUGAUGAACGAACCUAUUACAUCAUUGAAAAAGAGUCAUUAGUAAAUAAAUUUGUUUCAGUCCCUAAAGAUAAAGGUAGUUUAAAUUGUGCAUCUUUUGUGGCUGGAAUAGUUGAAGCUGUUUUAUGCGAUUGUGGAUUUCCAGCCAAAGUUACAGCACAUUGGCAUAAAGGAACAACUUACAUGGUUAAAUUUGAUGAUGCUGUUAUUGCUCGUGAUAAACAACUUGAAGAUAGAUAGUAAAAUUCUUCUUAAAUUCAAAAUUACAAUAAAGUUGUUUAUAACUUAAUUUCACAAUAAAAUAUUAUUUGUAUAAAGUAUCAUACAGGUAUAUGUUUGAUUAAAAUGUAAUAUAGAAUCAUAUUGUGAUUCAAAUAUCUUACGUUUAUAAAGUAAGAAAAAAAUAUUAAAUAUUUAAUCUUCUAAUCAUUAAUAAAAUAAAAAUUUUAUGUGACUACUUUUUUUUAUUUUGGUUAUUUCAUCAAUGCAAAAUUGGGUAUUUCUGAAAUGACAGGUUUGAUUAAAACAAGAUUCACCAACUUUCAUUCAAUGGUUGUAUUCAUAUUAAUUCUCCAUAUUUCAAUACAUAAUAUAUUAUAGUUUACAAAUGAUCAUACAUACAUUGAACAAAUUGAGAUGAAUUCAAUGGCUGUUAUUUUUCAAGAAAUUAAAAACAAUAUUUUUGUAAUCAACAGUAUUUUUAUUGUAAUGAUAUCUACGCUUUCAAAUGUAAUAAUUACUUUAUACGAAUUUCCACUCUCUGUCCCUGUAACUCACUUGACCAGUGGCAAAUCUAUGUUCUUUUUCAUCCUAGAAAAGUU